AUGUACAUGUGGUGCAGUGUGUCCGCUCUGAAACUGGAGAAUGGUGAUACAGGAAUAAGUAAGCCAGUUCUGAUCGUCUCAGCUGUGAUUGCUUCAGUGGCGAUCGCUGUUGCCUGCACUCAUAUUUUCGUCACCAGUCCUAUUGAUCCUAUCGAAUUUCAAUUGCCUCCACCCGAUCCCUUCGAGAAUGAAUUGUCACCGAACCAUCGAUUAGAAAAGGCGGAAAUUCUAUUGGAAGAUCAAAUCUAUGGGCCUGAGUCGAUCGCUGUGAAUCGGAAGACCAAAAAGAUCUACACGGGACUGAAAACAGGGCUCAUCUGUGAGAUUGUGAUCAAUGGGAAGGCUAAGAUUCUUCGUGCUGUCCGACUUACCUCUUUGGAAGGAUGCGAUGGAUCCUAUCAUUCGAUGCCAAAAUGUGGUCGGCCAUUGGGCAUGCGAGUGCAUCCAAAAACAGACGAACUUUAUGUUUUGGACGCUUACCUUGGUUUAUUCUCGAUAAACUGGGAGACAGGUGAGCUUCAGUCUUCUUGUGCUAGAUGCAUUAUACUAUUAAGUAUCCCUUAA